GUUUAUCAUUAAAAAUUUUAAUUUUUCAGUUUAUUUUUUAAAGAAUUAAUAUGGUCUUUAAGUUAAAUUUGAAGUUGUUGAAUGUUGAUCGUCGAUCUGUUGAUUUAGAAUGGAACAAGCCAGAAGAUGUUCUAAAGCCCCUGUUCAAAUUGCUUAUGAAUGAUAACAAUCAAAAUUCUAUGGUUAUAUAUAGAGGAUUUCAUAAUUAUUUCUGUGUUAAAAAUUUAUCUGGUGGCCAUCAUUACAAAUUUAAGCUGCAGAUGGAGUCACAAAAUCCAAGUUCAGAGAAUUCAAUAUUUGAGAUAGCUACAGUCAGUUGUACUACAAAAAAUGAUUGUCCAAGUAUCACUGCAUUUCAUCAUAGUGCCUAUCAAAAUUUACCAUUGCUCUUUCAGGAGUUCUUAGAUACAAGAGCUCAUGAUAUAAACAUAUACAACGAGUUGGGUGAAUGUGGUUUGUCCAAAGCAUGUGCAGCUGGCCAUAACGAUAUGGUACUUACUCUGUUACAACAUGGAGCAGAUGUGAAUUUACCAAAUUUGUACACUAAAAUUACGCCAUUGAUGACCGCUGCUUACCAUGGUCAUAGCGAUAUAAUAAGAAUAUUAGCUCGCAAUGAUGCCGACUCUAGUUUAAGAGAUAUAAAUUUAAAAACAGCACUUCAUUAUGCAGUAGAUGGAUCUCAUAAUGAUGCAGUUAAGAUGCUUCUGGAAGGAAAUUGGGGUGAUGUAAAUUCAGUAGACUCUAAAGGUUGGACUCCAUUAAUGAGAGCAGUAUUGAUGUUUGCCAAUUUGGAUGUGAUCAAAACCCUAAUUUCAUAUGGUUCAGAUUUAAGUAUUAAAGAUAAAAAUAAUCAAGAUAUUUGGCAGUUGGCUCAUUUAUCAAAUAAUUGGAAAGCCUUAGAAAUAUUACCAGAUUAAAUUAUGAGGUUUUCUCACG